UGUCUUCAGUGCUCCCUGGGGGCUGGAACUCUGUAGACAAACAUUAACUUUGGGAUAGACACUCUAUAUUUAUCUUCUACUCCUUCCAUUUUUACUGCAUCUAGCAUUUGAUCAACAUGAAAUCAUCUCUGACUCUACUGUGUCUGGUGGUAUGGGUGAAUGUGGAUGCUUCAUCAGCUCAGACUGAGUAUUGUGGUAAGCCUGAGGGUGAAGGGAGGAGAAUGCUGCCGAUUCCUGAUCGAGAACGUUAUGAAAAUGGGGACCAAGUGGAGUAUGGAUGUCUUGCAACUUGUAAGAACGGAGAGUGGGAUAAGACCUUCAAGGGCAAAGAUUCCUGUAGUAAACCUGAGGGUGCAGACACCAGAAUGCUGCUGAUUCCUGACCGAGAGAGAUAUGAAAAUGGGGACAAAAUAGAUUAUGGAUGCCUUAGCGGCCCAAACAGAGGCUCAAGAGGAAAAGCAACUUGCAAGAACGGAGAGUGGAGUAAGACAAUCGAGUGUCAAGCAGCAUUUGCUAAAUGUGCGUUGUCAUUGCCACCAACAAGAGGAACCAGUUACAGACCUGCUGACAGAAAUCUGUUCUUGCCUGAUGAACGUGUAACGGUGACCUGUGACUCAGGAUUCUGGAACUUUUUCUCACGUCAGACUGAAAAUACAAUAACAUGCAAAGAGGACGGAAAGUGGUCAUCUUCUACAGAUUGUGAACGGAUAACAUGUGGUGAUCCACGUGACCCUCUUGUGAGUUCUCCCUACUACUGGCAGCGGGGUCAAUUGAGAGGAACUCAGCGUUACAACUGUAGAACCGGAUUUAAAACCACAAAUGCCCGGGGUGUUGCCACAUGCACAAGUGAUGGCUCCUGGACUCCAGAACCACUCUGUGAAGAGAUUACAUGUGACAAGCCAGAUAUCCUAAAUGCUGUGAUUAAAGACCCGAAAACAAGAUACAAAAUCAAUGAUCUGCUCACUUAUGAGUGUAAGAUGUAUUAUGAACUAUUGGACAGUACUACCAGACCUACUGCUACCUGUACUACAAAUGGCUGGACCAAGACACUUGGCUGUAAAGAAGUGAAAUGUAAUUUAUCAUUGCCACCAACAAGAGGAACCAGUUACAGACCUGCUGACAGAAAUCUGUUCUUGCCUGAUGAACGUGUAACGGUGACCUGUGACUCAGGAUUCUGGAACUCUUUCUCACAUCAGACUGAAAAUACAAUAACAUGCAAAGAGGACGGAAAGUGGUCAUCUUCUACAACAGAUUGUGAACGGAUAACAUGUGGUGAUCCACGUGACCCUCUUGUGAGUUCUCCCUACUACUGGCAGCGGGGUCAAUUGAGAGGAACUCAGCGUUACAACUGUAGAACCGGAUUUAAAACCACAAAUGCCCGGGGUGUUGCCACAUGCACAAGUGAUGGCUCCUGGACUCCAGAACCACUCUGUGAAGAGAUUACAUGUGACAAGUCAGAUAUCCUAAAUGCUGUGAUUAAAGACCCGAAAACAAGAUACAAAAUCAAUGAUCUGCUCACUUAUGAGUGUAAGAUGUAUUAUGAACUAUUGGACAGUACUACCAGACCUACUGCUACCUGUACUACAAAUGGCUGGACCAAGACACUUGGCUGUAAAGAAGUGAAAUGUAAUUUAUCAUUGCCACCAACAAGAGGAACCAGUUACAGACCUGCUGACAGAAAUCUGUUCUUGCCUGAUGAACGUGUAACGGUGACCUGUGACUCAGGAUUCUGGAACUCUUUCUCACAUCAGACUGAAAAUACAAUAACAUGCAAAGAGGACGGAAAGUGGUCAUCUUCUACAACAGAUUGUGAACGGAUAACAUGUGGUGAUCCACGUGACCCUCUUGUGAGUUCUCCCUACUACUGGCAGCGGGGUCAAUUGAGAGGAACUCAGCGUUACAACUGUAGAAGCGGAUUUAAAACCACAAAUGCCCGGGGUGUUGCCACAUGCACAAGUGAUGGCUCCUGGACUCCAGAACCACUCUGUGAAGAGAUUACAUGUGACAAGCCAGAUAUCCUAAAUGCUGUGAUUAAAGACCCGAAAACAAGAUACAAAAUCAAUGAUCUGCUCACUUAUGAGUGUAAGAUGUAUUAUGAACUAUUGGACAGUACUACCAGACCUACUGCUACCUGUACUACAAAUGGCUGGACCAAGACACUUGGCUGUAAAGAAAUAGAGGGAGCAUGUAUCAACCCAACUGUGAUGAAUGGAUUCCUAGUUCAGUCAAAUGUGAGGAAUGUUGAUCCCAGGAAAAGCAAGAUAUACUCUUCCUGCAAUGUAGGGUUCAAACCCUCUACCGGGGGUUGGUGGGGUGAAGCCACAUGUACUGAGGGAACAUGGUCUGGAAUAUUAGAGUGUAUUGAUCAAUCACAAUGUGUCAGAAUCCCUGUCAUUCCCAACACAAGAAAGGUACCUCACAGUGAAGUCUAUAACAAUGAACAAACUGUUACAAUUGAUUGCAAAGUUGGAUACACAUCUGAAAAUAAGACUAUAAAAUGUAAGGAUGGAGAAUGGCAAACACCGUUACCAGCUUGUACACUGCAAGGCGUUCCAUGUGAUCCUCCACCUAAAGUUGAAAAUGCAAUUGUUAAAAUCCUGUAUAAAAAUAAAUAUAUAGAGGGAUUUGAAGUGAAUUAUGAAUGUCGCAAGUCCUUUGAAAUAGAGGGACAUAAAAAACUUACUUGUGAAAAUGGGAGAUGGACAACUUCACCACCAACAUGCAAACAGUACUGUGGUAAGCCUGAGGGCACAGGGGGGAGAAUUGAGAUUCCUGACCAAGUGCUGGAGAGAUACGAAAAUGGGAACCAAAUAGACUAUACAUGCAUUAGCCCAUACAAAGGCCCUGGAGGAAAAGCAACUUGCAAGAAUGGAGAAUGGCACAUGCCAGUUGAGUGUAAUGCAACCUGUCCUGAUCCUCCUCCCAUUACUAAUGGAGAUUUCACCAAGGAAAAGAGAGAUGUUGAAGGUGUAAUUACAGAGGUGUCCUACCAAUGCAGCAGACAGUAUACACUGAGUUUCACAGGCAGCAUCAGAUGUCUGAAUGGAAAAUGGCCGAGUCCUCCAAAGUGUUUAUGGCCUUGUGAGAUUUCCACUUUUGAUGCAGAGUACAAUCUACAGAAUUUACCCAAGAAUGAUUAUACUGCGCACGGUGAAAAAAAGACUCUUCAAUGCAAAGAGGGAUAUUACCAUAAAUUUAAACGUUAUUCACUAUGGAAUAUAGAAGAAAUUGAGGUGAAGUGUGAUGAUGGAGAGUUACAGUAUGGAGAACACAUACCUAUAUGUAGCCAUCGUUAUUCAUAGGUAGAUGAUGAACAUAAGGGAGUCAUGAUGUUCCCUCCAUCAAUUUCAAGAAUCCGUACAAAGCCACCUUUUUAUGCAAGGAGAAGACCCAUUUGCUUUUGUGGUGUCUGUCGCUUGUUUAAUUUAGAUUUAGAAGAAAUGUGAGCCAUCCAGUAAUGGAAUACAUGUGUCUUUUCAACAUUUGACAUUGUAUCAUCAUUGAAACAAAAUAACAGUAUCUUUCAAAUCAUAUCAGUCUCAGCUUCACUAUAAUAACAGUACAGCUAUCUAAAGCUAGACUAAAAUGGUACAUUUGUUGUAUUAGUACAAAGUGAUGUGAUUGUGUGAAUAUCCUUCUAUCAAGUUUAUAAAUUGCCUGGCUGGGCUGAUGAGACAGUGGAUUGCGCAGUCAGUUGGAACAGAGUAAAUAGGCAUUUUAACAUCAUAGAUUUAGCCGGUGGUAGCUUGUGGAAUAGGCACCGGCUGGAAUGCGGUCUUAACCAAUCAGCAUUCAGGAUUAGACCGACACGCUCUAUAAUGUGUGAAUAUUCUCCUGUAUCUCCCAGCUGUGUGAUUCAUUACCUCAAGGUGUAAUAUAAGUGAACAACUGUUAUGAUUGUGAUUGACCUUAUCAAGACAAUAAAGCUGUGGAAAAGAGACGACAUGUUGUCUCCAUGAGUCUUUACAAGGCUACAGUACAACAGAAUAAGAUUUACAGAUGUUAACCUAACAAAUGCACAUUAAAGCUGACAAACUAUUUCUCA